UACUACUCUAGUUAGAAGCACUAGUGCGUUUAGAAAAUGAAAAAUUAAAUUAAAUUAAAGAUGGCAUUUCUGACCUCAAAAUACAUAGUAGUUAAAAAUGUCCUUCUCCAACAGGCAGACAUCUGUAGUGUUUAUACAUUUAAAUAUAUUUGAAUACAUUUUUGAUGGAGUAAAUUUGAUAUAGUUUACAUGAACAAGCACUGAAAAUGACAAGGGGUUUUCACUGCUCAUAACCAGAAACAGAGGAUGACGUUUACGUGAAUACGCAGGACACAAAAUCCACAGAUACAUCUUUGACUGAUCAUUCUACUGAUUGUCUCCAGAUGUCCUGUGUAAAUGUUGGAGUACAUAACAGAAGGAUUUUCUUUUCUUUUCUUUCUUUUUCAAACACAACUUUAUAACGACAAGGAAUUUUCAGUUGUUAGGACCAAGAACCGAGGAUGGCGAAUAUUUGAAUAUGCAGAACUCAUUUUGAGUUUUUUUCCAAUCCAUUUGUAUGCGUUUUUAGGUAUUUUCUGAAGCCCAUUAUGUUUAGAUUUUUCUUAUUUUGAAGGCCUAUUGUGUUUAAUUUUUCUUAUUUUUGAGGCCCAUAAUGAUUGCUUUUCUUAUUUUCGAUUCCCUUGUUUCCAAGUGGUUUUGGUUCCCUUUUUUUUUUAAAUAAUGACCUUAGGUCAUUAUUAAUCUGACCGUUAACAAGUGAGGACCUCCCCCAUCUCUUUUAAUCUUCCUUUGCUUUUUACUGUGGUGAACGCAGGUUAAGAAUCUAGUGUGAAGCCCUACUGGGGUUUGGAAAUGCAAGCCAUCAGUGGAAAUAUCGGUUUUGACCUCUGUAAAAUGGAGAGUAGUGAAAAUUAUCAUUCUCCAACAGAAACAGAAGAUGAUGUUUAUUUGAAUACACAAGACUGCCGUCCAAAGCCCAGAAAACCCACAGAUAUCUUCAUCCAGAAAAAAGUAAAGAUCUGCAUAUCUGUUCUUGGUCUUCUCCUACUGCUCGGUGCUUUAAUGGCACGCUGUGCUGUAGGGAUCUUGUAUCACAAUGAAGUUGUCUCUUUUGAGAUUUCACGUGAGCAGUAUGAGAAUGCUACAGCUACACUGAUGAUGCAAGAAAACAAAGUCAAGGAUAAAGAUGUCUCUUUUGAGAUUUUACGUGAGCAGUAUGAGAAUGCUACAGCUACACUGAUGAUGCAAGAAAACAAAGCCAAGGAAAAAGAGGGAAUGUAUGAUGCACUGGAGGUGAAGUAUCAGGAACUCAACGUAUCAUACAACAAAAAAGAGGGAAUGUAUGAAGCGCUGGAGGAGAAGUAUCAGGAACUCAACGUAUCAUACAACAAAAAAGAGGGAAUGUAUGAAGCGCUGGAGGCGAAGUAUCGGGAACUCAACGUAUCAUGCAGCAACAAAGAAGGAAUGUAUGAAGCACUUAAGGAGAAGUAUCAGAAACUCAACUUAUCAUGCAGCAUAAAUCAAGGCAGCAGAUGUGAGGAAGGAUGGAAGUCUCUUGGUUUAAAGUGUUACUACUUCUCCACUGAGAAACUGAACUGGAUGCAGAGUCGAGAUUACUGUGUGGGGAAAGGAGGCCACCUGGUGAUUAUAACCAGCCAAACUGAACAGAAUUUUGCUUCUUCACAAAUUGGAGAAACACACUGGAUUGGCCUGAAUGACUUGGAGACUGAGGGAAAGUGGAUGUGGGUGAACAACCAGCCCUUAAAGGAGACGGAUGUAAAGUUCUGGUUUAGCAAUCCAGGGGGAUCAAGUGAGCCUGAUAACUGGAAAAAAGAGGACCCUUCUGGAGAGGACUGUGCUGCGCUGGGGCAUGAGAUUGGUAACAUAAAUAAAUGGUUUGACGCUUCUUGCCUUAAGCGGAAACGAUUCAUCUGUGAAAAGUAAAACACCACUUUUUUCACUUUUUGCAUUUUUAUGUGAUUAUCUAAGCUUGUUCAAACCUCUAGACCAUUAGAAACUGGUAUGAGAUCAUGUAUGUGGCUUUUCUCCUGCUGCCUUGUAGAAAUUUUAACAUUUGACAAGUUUGACGAUCAUGAAUCUCCAGUGUUUAUUUCCUUGAAGACAUGUUAUAAACAAAGUGACUGAACCGUUAUAACCUUGAGGUUUAGUAGUUCCUCUUCAGUUCUGAGUAGUGUGAAAGUCAGAGGUAAUUAUAUCUCAUUCAGAAAAGUCAGAGGUAAUUAUAUCUCAGUCACCUUGACUUAAUACUGGACAUUUUAAAAUGACCUUGAAUCCUGAAAAUCUUCAUUAGUUCUUAAUUUCGUGUACUGUAAUUUUGUAUUCAAUAAAUAUACAGCCGGUGACAAAUUAAAGGAAAACCUGAUUCACAAGAAGAGCUUCAGUGAACCUCGCCAUAAAUUCUAUAAGUCUUCUAAACUGUACUGAACGGAUGAACACCGGUCUCCCAAAAGAUAUUCCUCCAGUUUAGCAUAACAGAGCAACAGGUUCUCCUUUCAUUUGUCAUUCAUCUGUAAGUACUAAUGCUGUGUAUAUUUACUGAUGAUUGAGUAGUGUGCAUUUUAUGUUAGCUAAAACUGGAUGUAAUGUGAAGUUGCUUUGACUAACCAUUAAAGAAAAAUUUGAAUCAGAAGAUCCAGCAAGAAACUGUUACAGUUUACUAUUAUAGAUUACCUGUUAAAUAAUAAAACAGUCUUGAGCUUACCUUUAGAGAAAGCAGACAGAUCUGGAAAUUGAAACCUCUUACUUGUGCUGCCCCUUUCUCUAGUAUCAGGUCCCGCAGACGGCAGAUUAAAACAACUGGCCAUUGACUUACAGUCUAGCAUACUGUACCGGGCAUCUGAUGCUAAAUGUUGAAAUAAAUUUUAUU